AUGCCAUCGACACCAUCCCGAACAGAACUGGCAUGGCUCUUCCCCAAAGAGAUUUCUACAACGACAUUAUCGAGCACUGUAUCAUACUCAUCAGCCCUUAGUUGGUCAUUCGUUGCUGACCAUUCACUAUUACUUAUUGGAAUUCUUUUUAUGAUUGUACUAGCCGUUUCUUUAAUAGCUGUUCUCAUUCAAUAUCAUUGUCAACGAAAAUCUAAAACAUCUUUAGCACACACUCCAUCUCAGUGGACAACAUGUAGCACAGUCAGCUCAACCUACUCAACAUGUGGUUUACUUCAACUGAUUGGUUCCGAUCUUCGACAAGCAUUGAACGGAUUCCUGUUACCUUCAGAAGCUAUCGUACUUGAAGCAAUUGUUGGAAAAGGAUAUUUUGGAAAUGUGUAUCGAGGCAGGAUGCGUGAUCCAAUGAAUAGAUUAGUUCCUGUUGCUGUUAAGACGCUAAAAGGAGAACAUUCACGUGAUAUUGCACAUAUUGAGAAGUUCUUACGAGAAGGAGUCAUCAUGAAGCAUUUCGAUCAUCAACAUGUACUAUCUAUUCUUGGAAUUUGCAUAUCACCCAGCGGCACACCAUGGGUUAUACUACCAUUUAUGGAAGGUGGAGACCUUAAAACUUACAUCGCCGAUCCAAAUAGGUCGUUAUGCGUAUUAGAGUUACUUGAUUUUGCCUAUCAAGUAUCUCAGGGUAUGGCAUAUCUGGCUGCUCUUCAUUUCGUUCAUCGUGAUUUAGCUGCCAGAAAUUGCAUGAUAUCUUCUGAUCGAAUAGUGAAAGUAGCAGAUUUUGGUUUGGCAGUUGAUCUUUUAGACAAAGAGCUUUACAUCGAUGAAUCGGAAACGGGACCUGCUCGUCUUCCCCUUAAAUGGCUAGCGCCGGAAUCAUUACGAGAUCGAAGAGUAUUUAAUGCUUCAACCGAUGUGUGGUCUUUCGGUGUUUUAUUAUGGGAAUUAAUGACAAGAGCCGCUUCUCCCUAUGGGGAUAUUUCAAAUAUUAAAGUUCGUCAAUAUUUAGAAAAUGGCUUAAGAUUACCACAACCAACGCAUUGUCCUGAUGUAGUAUAUAAUUUAAUGCAAAGUUGCUGGCGCUCUGAUCCUAUGGAACGACCGGACUUUGCUUUUCUCAGUCAUCGCUUACGUACACUACUUCAGGAACAUAGCCCUGAACCAUUUAGUGGCCGUGUAAGGCCGGGAAGUGAGCCAUUCCUGUUGCCGGUUUUACCUGGUCGUCUCUUCACAAAUUAUUUUGCUAGUCAGCUUCAUCGUUAA